AUUUGACAGUGUUCAAGUCCGUCGAAUUUGUUGGAAAUUUGCCGAUCCUGUCCCCUGACUAAAACGGCGUACCCGAAUGGGCAACCUGCCGAUCGGCUAGCCUUGAUUCUCGCCGAGAGAUUGGCAAUAGCAAUGAGUAAGGUGAUAAGAUGUAUGUUCAUCACAAAGGUUUGGUUCUAUUGCACUACUGAGGAAAUAGAAUUGUGUUUGAAUCAAGAGCCCGCUUGGUCUGCUAAACUCCCUCAACCAAAUGCUGUAAUAGCAACACAUGAUCACCAUAGCGUUGGACUUGUCGACUUGAAGUUAGGUCAAUUGUGUGAUAAGCCCUACCAUUGAUCAAGGAAGUCCGUAGAAAAAAAUGCUGUGCAACCGGAUGAUCCGAGGUCAUUGACCCGUAAGUUAGCGUGGACGUGAUACUCUAGACAUCAUGAGUCUACAAUAGAGCUAAUAGGGCCCAUUUUAUAUUCCGAUAUAGAUAACAUAAGGUAAAUGUAUUUUUUGCCAUGGGCACGACACACCGUCGAAGCAUC